AAUCCGUGGUCCUGUGUUAGUAGUGCGCACGCUUGCCGUCAGCCAUUUUGGCGUCACUGUCGCAUUUUACACAGAUCUGAAUAUUCGAAUUGGAAGAUUUGUGACUUCAAUCUUAUUAUAAAGAAUUAAUACUUUGAAGUUACAAAGGGAUUCAAAACCUGCCUGAUAAUAAUUACCUAGAUAUUGUCUCAAUAAUGACAAGCAAAGGAAGUCGAGAGUCCAUGGAAGAAACAGAUGUAAAACAUAUCGAGAUAAUAGUAGAUAAUUAUACUGAUGAGUAUAAAGGAGUAACAAUGAUGCCAAUACAGAACAUAUCAGGAGAUAUAAAGUAUGUUAUUGUUGUACAAGAAGGAACCACACAAGUUAACAGUGAUAUCCAGGAUGAAUUUAUUAAAGUUUAUGAUUUCCAUGAAAAUGAAAAUCUUAACAUUAAUAAUAACGAUACUAAAGUUUACGGGACCACUAAGAAAACUCAAUCUAAGCGUUUCCGAGGAAACUUCCAGUGUAGUGUCUGUUCCUACACUACUCAUCGUCGAUACUUGCUCCUGAGACAUUUGAAAUCUCAUUCUGGGAAUCGCGACCAUAAAUGCAACGUAUGCGCGCGCGGCUUCAAGACUGCCAGCUCGCUGCAGAACCAUACCAACAUGCACUACGGCCUCAAGCCGUAUCGGUGUAAAUACUGCAACACUCCAUUCACUACUUCAGGUGAGUUAGUACGUCACAUCAGAUACAAGCACACACACGAGAAGCCUCACAAAUGCCAGGAGUGCGAGUACGCGUCUGUGGAGCUCUCCAAACUGCGCCGGCACCAACGCUGUCAUACAGGCGAGCGCCCCUACCAGUGUCCCCACUGCACGUACGCGUCGGCGGACACUUUCAAGCUGAAGCGUCACCUGCGCACACACACCGGAGAAAAGCCUUACAAGUGUGAAUAUUGCAAUAUGCAAUUCACACAAUGUAACUCUUUGAAGACACACAAACAAAUACAUAACAUAAGCGACAGGCGUGAGUUCGCGUGUGACAUUUGCCCGAGUAAGUGCGGACGCAUGACGGACCUGCGCUUACACAUACAGAAGCUGCACACCGCAGCUGAACAACCAUUUAAAUGUAAAAUAUGUGGCGAAAUGUUUGCAGAUCGUUAUACCUGGAAAAUUCAUCAUAAGACGCAUAAAGGCGAGAAGUGCUUCAAGUGUGAAAUGUGCUCGUUCGCGGCGUGCACGUUGGCGCGCCUGAAGUCGCACGCGCUGCAGCACACGGCCGCUAAGCCGUUUGGCUGCGCGCACUGCGACCAACGCUUCAGACAGAAGCAGUUGCUCCGACGACAUGAAAAUUUGUACCAUAAACCGGGAUAUGUACCUCCUCCAUCAAAGGAGAAGACUCAUUCUUGUCAGCGAUGUGGGCGCGCCUUCGCCUACCUCGGCAACCUGACUCGCCAUCUCACUCUCCACGAGCCAAAAUCUAUAGCUUCCGAAGAAAUCGGGAUUUCUGAACGAAUUAAAAACGUUCAAUGUGACAGUGAAGAGCCAAAGGUAAAGGCUGAACUACCUGAGGAAUCAGCGAAUACAGAUAAUCUAAAUAAUAACAAAAAAAUAACUUUGUACGAUACAGAAACAAAAUCGUAUUUUGUGAUAGAAGUCAUCAAUAGUUCUGACUCUGAAACGAUCACUGAAGUUCCGACACAAUUUAUUGAAGAGAAUAUAGAAGUUGAGGAAGAGAUGAUGCUUUCAGAAGAUGUAAAGGACGAUCUGAACAUUGACAAUGUAGAAUUAUGUUUCAGAUUUGAUGAAUGAAAACAUUUAUGGUUAUAUAAUAUACAUGUUUAAGAAACAGAUAAGGUAAAGAUUCG